AUGAAAGCAUUUUUUAUUUUGUACUUGGCCAGUUUUCUUGUGCUCAUUUAUACAGAUCCAUUUAAUGAAUUGGAUAAUGAUGACACACCGGGCAAAAUCCAUAGUUUAUAUCAGCAGCAUUACUCAAAUUAUAAGAAAUACUUGAAGAAAUUUAGCAAGAAACAUGAUCCGUCCGUUCCGGAACCAAUUCGCUUACUGAAAUUUGUACAAAACCUAAAAAUGAUUGACGAACACAACCGACGUUAUACAGAAGGAAAGGAAACAUACAAAUUAGCUCUGAAUGAAAUGAGUGAUUGGACGGGGGAAGAAAAAGAAAGGCUUCGUGGAUAUGUUUUAAAUAGGACUGGAGGAGUGGAAGCAAAUAUGAGCCAAAUAUUGAAACAGAAGGCACACAAAAUAAUACCAGACUCUUUUGAUUACAGGAGCAUAAUAAAACUUGCACCAGUAAAAAAUCAGGGUAAUUGCGGAGUAUGUUUCAUUUUCUCGGCAUUAGGAGCGCUCGAAAUGUAUAUAGCACUCAAGAAUAAACAGCCUGCCGUGAGAUUAUCAGUUCAGGAUAUAAUGGAUUGCAGUAACAUGGAGAAAUGCUCCGGAAGGGGGGGAAAUGCAGCUAAGGUUUUUGAAUGGAUUGCUGAGCACGGUGUAACGACCGAUCAAAAUUAUCCGUACAAAGGAAGGGAUAGUAUUUCGUGCCCGAGAAGUAUGGGCGAACGAAUAAAAGCCGAAUUAAUCGGCGGUGUUUAUCUACCUCGUGAUAAUGAAAAAAUAAUCAGAAAGGUGUUGGUACAGUACGGACCAGUUGUUCUUACAUUGCAUGCAAAAAAUAACUUUGUAAAUUAUGAAAGUGGUAAGUAA